UGAUAUCAUCUAAAAUGAUGUUCAAAAAUUCAUCAAAAUCCUUUCUCGUCUUCAUUGGAUUUGUAAUUUCGUCAGUGUAUUCCGGAUUAAUACCUAAGCCUCAGCCUAAGAACAUAGAAGUUGAUGAUGUUAAUGAGAAUGGGCCAUAUUAUUGUUGGGUUUACACCAAUUGCUAUGCUGAUACCAUAGAACACAAAAAAUAUGAGGAGUGUGCAAAUCAUCUGGACAAUGAGGAUAUACAGCUCUUAUUGGAAAAUAUUCCUGAAGGUAGUAAUGUAACAGCUUAUCCUAAUAUCUACGAUGCAAUAUCAAAGCUAUAUUGUAUACGGGAUGAAGAGUUUAAAAGAAGAGUUUUCUAUGAUAUUUGUAAACAAGGUCUUAGUAUAACUACGGUAGGAUGCGAGCAACGAUAUUCUGAGAAAAUCUGUGAUAAUCUUUAUGAGGCAAUGGAUUGCACUAUAUCACUGUUCGCAAAAUUUACUGAUGAAGGAAAAUGUGUCAAAUACAGUGCUUAUUGAGACAUAAUAAAUAAUUACGCUGAUCCAAGAAUUCAUUUGAAGAAGCCAAAAUAUGUAAAAAAGUAUCGAAUUAAAUAAAUUUCA